AUGUUUUUGAUUAUUUUAUUCUCUAUUAUUUUGCUGUUCAUAUUUCAUGAAUUAUAUUGGAAACGUCGAACAUUUCCACCUGGCCCAACUCCUUUUCCAAUUCUUGGAAACUUGCCAGCUAUUUUUGGAUCGAAAGCUCCUGGAAUUGAAGCGUUUCAAGAUUGGUCAAAAGUUUAUGGUGAUGUGUAUACAAUAUGGAUGGGAACUGAACCGACUGUUGUUAUCACAAGUUAUAAAAAAUUGAAAGAAACAUUUGUUGAUGAUGCUGAAAGUUAUAUUGACAAAAAGAUUUUCCGAGGAUUUAAUGAAACUAUGAGAGGUUUGUUUGUUAAAAAGGUUUUAUUAAUUUUAAUUUUUUGUAUUUAUAAGGUGGUGAUUAUGGUGUUAUUGAUACAAAUGGUGAUGUUUGGAGAGAACAUCGACGAUUUGCACUUCAUACACUUCGAGAUUUUGGGUUAGGAAAAGAAAAAUUGCAAGAUUCAAUUCUUCUUGAAGUUGAUCGAAUGAUGCACGAUCUGAGAAAUAAUAAAUCAGAUAUCGAUAUUCAAGCAUUAUUCGAUGUUUCAAUUGGAAAUGUUAUCAAUCAGUUUUUAUUCGGAAAGAGAUUUGAUAAUGAGGACCAAUUUCAUGAAUUGAAACGUCUUAUCGAUUUAUUUUUUGAAGUUCAAGGUGAUAUGGCAACCUUUUUGGCUUAUUUGAUUCCUUGGCUUCCAAAAAAAGUUGUUGAAUGGAUGACUCCAACAUCAAUUGAAUGUCGAAUGGGUGUUUUCAAGUUUUUCGAAUCACAAAUUGAAGAACAUCGGAAAGAAAUUGAUUGGGAUAUUGUUGAAAAUCGAGAUUAUGUUGAAACAUAUUUGAGAGAACAGAAAAAGCGAGAAAAAGAGGAGGGAGAUUCUGAAAGUUUCAAUGAUAUGCAAUUGAAGAAUAUGUGUUUUGAUAUGUGGUUGGCUGGAAUGCAUACAACAACAAAUACAAUGGGUUUUAUGAUUUCAUAUGGAAUUCGGUUUUCUGAUUGUCAAAAAAGAAUGCAACAAGAAUUAACUGAAGUAAUUGGAGAUCGAACAGUUAUUAUGAAAGAUAAAUUAUCUCUUCCCUACACAAAUGCAUUUAUUCAAGAAACUCAAAGAUAUUGCAAUCUUAUUCCAAUUAAUUUAACACAUGCAACAACUCGAUCAGUUAAUAUUAAUGGUUUUGAUAUUCCAAAAGGAACAUCUGUAAAUCAUCAAGUUAGUAGUGUUCUUUGGGAUCCUGAAGUUUAUCCAGAACCAAGUGAAUUUAAACCAACACGAUUUUUGGAUAAUGAUGGAAAUUUGAAAAAAUCUGACGAAUUUUUGCCAUUCAGUGUUGGACGAAGAGUUUGUUUGGGUGAAGGAUUGGCAAAAAUGGAACUAUUUUUAUUUACCGCGAAUUUGUUUAAUCGAUUUGAAUUUCUUCCGGGAAGCAGAGGAUUGCCAUCAAUGGAUAGAGAUUUCUCAUUUAUCUCGAAAAAUCCAGCAUAUACGUGUACAGUAAGACAAAGAUACUUGUAA